AUGAGCGGAGGAGGAGGCGGAACGGCAGAUCUCCGUUUGGCAGGGCGUGGUGGCGCGGCGCAGCAGUUCGGGGGUACAGCGGCUGCGGGCAGAGGAGAGGGUCGGUUUGGCGCAGCAGCAGGAGGCGGGCGGGGUUUCGCUGCCAAGACCGUGGCUCGAGAGGUGCCUGCUGCUGCCGCGGCGGCCGGCACCGUGCUCGUCAAGUACGAGAUGAAGGAGGUGCUCGGCGUCGGGAGCACGUCCAAGUGCUACAGAUGCGUCAACAGGAGGAGCAGGAAGGAGUUCGCUUGCAAGGUGAUCGACAAGCGAGCGAUGGACCCGAAGCUGAAGCCGCUGCUGGACCAGUUUCAUGUCGAGAUACAGGUCUUGCAACUGCUGAGGCACCCGAACAUCAUCCACAUGGAAGACGUGUUCGAGUCGGACGUUAACAUCCACAUGGUGAUGGAGAUCAUGCAGGGCGGUGAGCUCUUCGACUACGUGGUGGAGAAGGGAACUCUUAGCGAGAGCGAGGCCAGCGUCAUCGUCAGGAAGGUGACCUCUGCCCUGGCCUACAUGCACUCGUUGAACAUCAUCCACCGGGACCUGAAGCCCGAGAACUUGCUCCUGACCUCCAAGGGCGCCGCGCCGGAGGUUAAAAUCAUCGACUUCGGGCUGGCGAAGGUGCUGGGCGCGGGGGACGACAGAGCGCAGUCCUUCCUGGGGACAAGGGGGUACCUUGCGCCGGAGAUGCUCCAGCGCGAGUCCUACAACAAGGAGGUUGACGUGUGGGCGCUGGGGGUGAUCGUGUUCGUGCUGCUGUGCGGGUGCUUGCCCUUCGACGACGACAGCAAGAAGCUCAACCGUGCCGGGGCGUUUCAGAAAUUCGUCCUCCGCUUCCCCCGGUGGGCGCAAAAGCUCUCGCCGGGCGCCAAAGACCUCCUCUCCAAGCUGCUGACGGUUACACCGCAGGCGAGGCUUACCGCCAAGCGGGCCCUGGAACACCCCUGGGUCACGGGCAAGGUGGCCGCGGCCGACAACUACCUGGAGUCGCCGAGGACCCUGCGCAAGCUCCGCGUCGGCAGCAGCCCGAAGAAGGGGGCCUGGGAAGUUUGCCCAUCGAAUCGGAGGCGAGAGAGCAUGAGUUCUUUCUCAGCGUCACAAGCUUUGAAGGAGAUUUCGUUUUUCUGGAGGAAGCAGUCUGGGGAGGGGUGGGCGGGGGAUGGAGGGGGGGGCGUGUACCACGCUCGCUACGUUAAGCAUUUUUGAGCGAACAUUUCGGUUGUUUUUGCAGCAAGGGGUGGGUUCCGUGGCCAUGGACAAUUGCGCGUAUUGCCUAACACUGCCGCUAGCGCUGCUAUUUGAUUUCUGUUUCCAGACAUGCUGCUCGCGUGAAUGUGUACAACUGCCCUCUCUCUUUCGCUUGGUACCUUUAUCCUCUACGAUUUUUUGUACCGUGUACCUUGAAGAGGUUUUAAAAGUAUUCAGGUAUGUAGACGGCGAAUUAUCAGCUUUUUUUUUCUUCUUUAUUAAUAAUCUCUCUCGGUAUUUGCCCCGUUUAUUCGUUCGAAUGUGGUGGAGACAAGAAUCGCUAGUUGUUGCCAGGUCUAGAUGUUGACGAAAUGUAGUGCCUCAUUUAGUAUCUGUUCCACCCCUACCCCUUCGGCAGUUUGAUUGUUGUCUGCUCGUUUUUUUUUUUUUUUUCUCCUCCGUUGUACCGCCGCACCCGUCUCAAAACGUCAACCACUAGAUAGAGAUGGAUGCGUUGUGUCAAAAUAAGGGGAAAAUAAAAAAUGUCAACCACUGAUGUGGGCCACGCGAGUUUCCUAAUUUUCGUGCGUUUUUCAUUGUCGUUUCGUACCCGUUGGUGAAUAUCAUCUCGAUUUGAGGCCACAGCUUACAAUCGCGGUGUGUGCCAUGUUCGUGUUGGCAGUGAGACAACCAGGCAGUCUCGUAUUUCUUUUAUGCCCACCUCUGGGCGUGUAAGCUAGAGUUUGUUUUCCCUGCUGCCCUCGUGUGGGCGUACGCUUUCCUCUUCUUGGUGUUUGCCCCCUUGUGUUGUGCGCGUUGUGCUGCGUCGGGCUGUGGCGGACAAGCCUGAGCGUGUGGUGGCAUCGGAGAGUAGGAAGUGGGGUGGAGGGAGGGAAGGGCCACCAGGACCGUGGCACUGGGUGUUACUCGCUAGGCCAUGGGCGAAAAGGUGAGGUGGCGGAGGGAGGCCACUCGCCAGAGGGUGACACUCGUUGGCACUCAUGGAGAGAAACGGAAGCGGGGUGGGGUGGUGAAAGGGUCACUGGCACUGGUUGCAGUUGAUGGCACUCAAGAGGCUAUGGGAGAAAAAGGAGUGACAGUCGAGACUUUUACGGGGGGGUGUCUGCAUCGUGUGUGUUCGCAUGGGCAACAGCAAAGCGCCAUUUGUCGUACUCGAGAGAAAAGGCAAGCGGUCGCUCUUUGUGGUGGCAGCGACGCUUGCUUGGAUGGGGCAAGCAAUAGUCGGCAACGUCCGUGUUCGAGGUAUCACAGGCACGUCCCUGUUGUUGUUUUCGCUCGGUGGGGCCACUGCCGUUCAACGUCUGGGAUUCGAAAAUUCAAGCGACAAGCCCACACGAAAGUCGCACAUGUCUUAACUUCAUUCCCGUCCCUUGAUGUUUGUGCCAAGCGCGUUGUUUCGUCGCUUGAACAAACGACUAUAAUAGGCUUGCUUGCGUUCGGUUUUUUCACUUCCACAAGAAGAGAGGUUCGUGGACGAGCGAUGACCGUGGGCCUGUUGGAGGUUUGUGGCCUCAGUUGU